UGUUCAUGCCGCUAAAAGAGCUGUCCUAAAAAUGAAAAGUGCAAGAAAAAAAACGAAAGCAAUACCAAAAUUUAUCGGUCGUUUCAAUCCAGCAGAGGCACAGGCCCUUGGUCGUAUUUUCCUCAAAAUAACUGAUUCCGGGCGAUUAGAUAGAACUCAAUUUCGCGACAUUUUGCAUUCAACGUUUGACAUGAAUGAUGAUUCAUUGAUGGACCGAAUGUUCCGCACUUUUGAUCAUGACUCGGACGGAUAUCUAACUUGUAAUGAAUGGCUCACUGGACUUUGGAUCUUUUUGAAGGGAAAUGUUACAGAACAAACAACUUACUGUUUUCAAGUGUACGACAUUGACGGUGAUGGAUAUUUGUCAAAGAGCGAUUUAUUUCAGCUACUAAAAUCUAGCUUACGGCCAGCUAUUGCCAAAGCCAUGCCUUUCGGUCAGAGAGGUGGUAAUGAGCAAACUCCAGCUGAUUCGCCGCGAACGGCUCGAAGCCACAGACAAAUCACGCGGGGACAUACGGAAGAAGCGGACAAAGAGAUUGAUUUGGAUUUAGUUGAUGAAGACAAACCAUCAGGUGGACCGACCGCAGCCGUUAUGGGAAACAACGAGGACGACCCAGACGAAGGUCCAAGAGAUCUGAGUGAAAUGGCGCUUAGUCUUCUAGACCGAGAUCUGGACGGCCGAGUGUCGUUAGAAGAUUUUCUUCAGUCAGUCCAGAAUGACUAUCUUUUGAUGGAAAUAUUGGGAUCUUGUUUGCCGUCAGGGGCCCGAGCUGCGGCUGUUCUGGCUGCAUUAAGUGGCAAUGGAACACUUCCUAUUUCUGUCCCUCCCCCUACUGCGUGAAGUCACUAUUCGUUUUCAUGAUAACAUGUCAUGUUAAUUUUUUUCCACGGUCCAUUUACCUAUUGUAUCAGUUGAAAUUAUAGCAAGUAUUGGCACGUUAUUUUCGUAGACUUUAUGGAAUUGUUUCUUAAUUAAAUUAAAUAAAUAAUGGUUUUUAAAACAAAUAACCUUCUCGAACCCAAUCAAAAGUAAGUGCAGC